CAUAUGGAAACAACAAUGAGUUUUGCGUAUUUAUGCAUUGCAGUUUGUUUACUGAAUUACAUAUUCGUAAUUGAGGUAGAUUCGCAAAGUGACUGUGGGAAGUUAAGAAAGCAUUCUACAGCUACAUGUGCUCGUAAGAAUAAGGAUUGCCCAAAUGCAUACACUUGCGUGAAGAGCAAAUUAGAUAGCAGCAAAUUUGUAUGUUGCCAGAACAAAUUUCUACCAAGUACUAAAAAAUGUAAGAGAGCAGCGAAUGAUCCUGUUGAUGAGCCACGUCCAUGUAGAGGAGGAGGAAGCAUUCGCUGUUCAGAAAAUUAUUACUGCCAUGUAGGCAAAGCAAAUAUGUUCUCUCUUUGUUGCCUGAAUAUAACUUGCACUGAUCACCAAGGUUUGAACCGCAAAUCAAUUGACAAAAAAUGGAAGGCUAAAGAUAACUGCAAUGUUUGUGAAUGUGUAGGCCAGGAGCAGAUUGUUUGCUCCAAUAAGGCCAAAUGUAAAAACAAGUGCUCGAAAAAUGGAGAAAUUUCAUGGAAAGAUGCAGGCUGCACUAGAUGUGAAUGUAAGGGAAAACGAUUAGAUUGUAAAGAACCAUGUGACAGGGUGGAAGAAACAGGUGCCACAUCUCCAAUGUCCCAAUGCCCUAAAGGAUAUGGAUGGCAAGCAAGUGUUCAAAGAUGUGAUGGUGUACAAGGAGAGAACAAUAAAACUUGUCCUUCGAUUAAACUACAGUGGUUUGAAUGUAAGCCAAAACUUCGUCCAGAACCUGGAGUUCGAUUAUCUGAAAGUACAUCAAUUAUCACAGGUGGAAAAGAAGUGAAGCCUGCAUAUAACUACAGAUGGAUGGUGCAUUUCAAACCUCCCUUAUCUUGUGGUUGUGGAGGGUCGAUCAUUAGUCCAAAGCAUGUACUUACAGCAGCUCACUGUGUAAAACAUGGUGAUAGACUCAAUUUUACUUUUUUAACAGGAAAGCACAGCUUGUCUAUUAAUGAAACCUUUCAGCAGAGUCGAAAAGCAUCGGACAUAAUAAUUCAUCCAAACUAUAGUACACCUAGUGAAUUCCCUUAUAACAAUGAUAUUGCAAUUGUUGAGCUUGACCAACCUUUAGAAUUCAACAAUAUCACACAACCUGUAAUGCUGCCUAAGGAUGGUGUUUUUGAUAUGGAUAAACUAAAGAAGAAGGUGUGUACUGUUAUUGGCUGGGGUAGCACAACAUCACAAGAAAGAUGUGCCACAUCUGAUGUUUUGCUAAAAGUCAACCUUAAUUUAGUUGAUACUUGUUUCCUUAGUGCUAUUGACCUUAAGGAAGUGUCUGGUAAUAUGUUUUGUGCUGGCAAUGGUAGUAAGGGUAAAGAUUCAUGUUUUGGAGAUUCUGGAGGUCCUUUAAUGUGUCGGGAUAAAGGUGAAAAAUGGAUUCAGCAUGGUAUUGUAAGUUGGGGUCCUGUACGAUCUUGUGGGAAAAAGUCAGGAGUGUACACUAAAGUGGCAAACUAUGUAAAUUGGAUUAAGCAUGAAACAUCUACUGAUGGUGGUUGGGGGGAGUGGAGUAAGUUCACACCAUGUCAAAAGGGAAAUGGUAAAAAAUCCAGAAUAAGGGUUUGCUCCAACCCCCUACCUAUAGGUAAUGGAAAAUGCAGCAAUUAUACACAUAGCUAUGAGGAUAAGCCGAUGGUACAAAUAGAGGAGGUGAACUGUUAGUAGAUGAUUAGGCCAAUUACUUUAAAAAGGCAUAUGUUGUUUUGUUGAAUUUCUUCAAUGUAAAGGUAGAAUCUUUUGAACUGGUUAUUUUCAGUUUAUAUAUUAUAAACAUUAUAAAAGCUUCACAUCUAUUCAAAAUGACUUUCAUAGAUUAGAUCAGCAAUUGUAAUAGCGUAUAUGUCAUACUUGUAAUUA